CCCGCCGGUGUCAGUGAGCCCGCUUCCUGCUUCACAGUAUGGUUUGUUAUUGCAGCGAAGCUCCUUUAAAUGUGAGGGGAAAUGUUGACGGUCAGAGCCCAUGAAGUUGAAAAAUGAAGGGGUUAAUUCGACUGUGAACCAGCCACACUUCUCACACACGUAAGAUGUCAGGGGCCCAUGAGCAGAUCAGGAAGCGCCGCCCCCCCAAAACGUUCUUGAUCUCGACCGACAUAAAGGUGCGCGACCAGCUGGAAGGUACCAUUUCGCUACAGCGGGGGUUCAUCUGCCAGGAGCAAGAUUUGGAUAGAAAAGGGGACAGCCCCUGGGUUAAGGUGUUGGACAAUGACUUCAUGGGAAAAAUAGACAGGAGAGUCUUAAUUGAUGUCCCAACUGACCUCACUGGCUUGCUGGAGGCUGUUACAGAUCCAGAGGCUCGACUAAAACUUCUAAACCAGCCUGGGAAGCUGCAGCAGUUGGCUUCUCUGCCGUCUGACUCCCCACUGUGGGUCCAAAUAGGUCAGCAGGAUGAGCUGGCAGAGGCAGAGCUGAAGUACAUCGGGCCCUUGACCAGAGGAAGCAGCGCUGUGUAUUUUGGGGUCCAACUCAAGGGCUCAGCGGCGGGUAGGGGAAAAAGCAACGGCACUUACAAAGGCCAGAGGUUAUUCACCUGCCCCGAAGCUUGCGCCCUCUUCGUCCCGGCCAGUCACAUCAGGCCCCGCCAGUGGUCCAGCAGCUCAGAGGGACACCAGCGACCCCGCGAGCGAGAACACCACCGCAGCAGCAAUGGUCACCAUAGCAGCAAUGGCCGCCCAAACCAUUUUCAGCUGCCGCCCCAGCAGCAGCAGCACCAGCACAGUCGUCACAUUAGUUUCCACCAGCAUCCACCCAACAGCUCUUCUCAGGUGUCCCCCUUUAGCAUCCUUCCACGAACUGCAGACUCGGCACCCAUCACAGCUCAAAACCAUGUCCGAGGCCCUGCGUCACCCCCGCUGUUUCGCCCUGGUCAGCGUGUGUGUUUCCCCCUGGAUGACAAAGUCUGUGCAGGGGAAGUAGUGUUCUGUGGGCCCCUGCCAGGCCGGGCCUCAUCAGGAAUGUACGUGGGAGCCAUCCUGGACACUCCUGAUGGUAACUGGGACGGGACUUACAAGGGAGAGAAGCUCUGCCACAUUCCUUCAAUCCUUUAUGGAGCCCUGGUGUCAGUCAACAAGGUUUCCUUAGGUAAAGCAGCUGUUUACACUCAGAAGGUUCAGGCCUCAGUUAUUUCAGAACCAAAGUCCCAUCGAACCAACCCCACUCAGAAAUCUUCCAGAACCAUCCUGAAGGUGGCACUCCCCCCAGUUACUAAAUCAGUCCCUGUAUCGCCGCCUGCCUCUGCUCCAAAGAUAGCCCUGAUGCCCCCAAUCAAACCAGCACUUAAAUCUCCCCCUCUGCCUCUGCCAAAACCCGCCCAGAAACCCGGGCUUCCUCCCCCUCCUCCUCUACCCCCUCCCAAACCGCAAGGCCUGACAGCCGGCCAGCAGCAGCACACCAAUGGCACUCACGGACCCGCCUCACCGCUGAGGGCUCCGGGUAAUGGUGACAACGCAGCAGAGAAUGGAGAGGUAGGAUCGGGCAGCAAUCUGGAGGUGGGGUCGAUGGUUGAAGUGAAUGAUCCGCCGCUGUUUGGAGUUAUGUGGAUUGGAUGGAUAAACGGGAUUUCAGAGCCAGUGGCAGGAAUCGAACUGGAACAGGAGCUGUCUGCUGGAACGGAUGGCAGUUACCUCGGGGAGCGUCACUUUCGUUGCCCGGCCAACAAGGGGCUUUUCGUAAAGCUUCGCAACUGUAGACGGGACUCCAGAUUCCCCGCCCCCGAGAUGCCUGUCAAUCAAGUGGAGCGAUGCAACUCUAUAGCCUUUGCAGAGUGGGGCAGUGAGCGCGUGGAGGAGCACACUCCUCCCGUGGAGGGGGAUGAGGCCCGGGAGCUCUACCAGGGCUGGAAGAAAGGCAUCCAGGGUCACCUCAACUCCUGCUACCUGGAUGCCACGCUGUUCAGUCUGUUUUCCUGCUGCAGUUCAGCUGACUGUGUGUUAUUCUGGCCCACCGACCCUGAAACUGACCAGAGCUCCAGUCAGGCUCAGGACCUUCUACGCUGCGACAUUGUCAACCCACUGCGGAGGUACGGCUAUGUGUGUGCCAGUAAGACAAUGGCGUUGAGGCGACUGCUGGAAGCUGCGAACAGUGAUAUGGGCUUCACCAACCAGGAGAAAGAUCCUGAAGAAUUUCUCAACAAGCUUUUCCAGCUUCUCCGAGUCGAGCCGCUUCUCAAGAUCAGAUCGAUGUCUCAGCAGCCACAGGAGUGUCACCUCUAUCAGCUCUUCCCUCCUGCCCUUCCCCCCUCUCCCUCCUCGCCCGAGUCUCUCCCCCCAGUCAACUCCCCGAUCCCCCUCUCCUCAGCGUCAUCCAUGAGGGUCGCCAGCGUCCAGACCCUGCUGGAGUCCUCCUUCCUCCACUCCGGCCUCAAGUUUGUUGAGGCUCCCUCUUGCCUCUUGCUGCUCAUGCCGAGGUUCGGGAAAGACUUCAAAAUGUUUGACGCCAUCUUGCCGACCCUCAGCCUGGACAUCACAGACCUGCUGGAUGACACUCUGAGGCAGUGUACUAUCUGUCAGGCUGUAGCCGAGUGGGAGUGUCUGCAGUGUUACGAUGAUGUAGACAUCACUCCUGGACAUCUGAAACAGUACUGCAAGACCUGCAACGUUCAGGUCCACAGUCACAGGAAACGAGCAUCCCACAGCCCGGUGAAGAUUGGCGUCCCCGGGGAACAGUGGACAGGCCCCCUGCACUGCACGCGACAGCGAAUGUCUCUCUUCGCUGUGACGUGCAUCGAGACCAGCCAUUACGUGAGCUUCGUCAAGAACGGGCCCCUCGACACCGACUGGCUGUUUUUCGACAGCAUGGCGGAUCGGGAAGGUGGAGAGAACGGCUUCAACAUCCCCCAAGUGAAGGCUUGUCCCGAGGUGGGCCGCUACCUGAGCUUGUCAGAGGAGGAGCUGAGCAGAGUGGACCCCAGCUCCUUGAGGGAGGCUGCGCGUCGCCUGCUCUGCGACUCGUACAUGUGCCUGUACCACAGCCCCGAGCUCAGCCUGUACAAGUGACACGGACACUCAGCACAGACGUGCAGACUGAAGUGGACGUGUUGUCCUCAGGUUCUUCCCUUCGCACAGCUGUCCGAAUAAAACGUUGCACUUCAGAAUAUGAGGUGUAACAUGAAAUCUGCCUUAUUCUCACCAUGACCAGCGUUUUUCUUUUUAUUACUCCCUCCUGUGAAGUGGGAUUAGAGACUGAAGUUCCCAGUGAGACGGGAAUGUUGAGGUGCAGCUUCUUUUCUUUGUGAGCAAUGUUAGACACACACACUGGCCUUCAUGUACAGACCCAGGAGGUUUUUUGCAACAGAAACUUUGCUCAUCACCAGGAACACUCUCCAGUCUUGGUUGCCCGCAGCUUCACACACUCAGAGAUGUAAAAAUAGCAGAUGUAGCAGCAAGAGUCCAAAGGUUUUUAAGAAGAUGGUAUAAAACAGCAAAGGUUAAGCUGGUUGACGUUUGUUUUACAUCUGUAGGUCUGUUAUUGGGGCUAAUAUUUUGGGUCAUCCAUGUUUAAAACUGCUUAAAUGCCAAACUGCUGCAGAUUUAUGGCACGGCCUUAAUGUUCACAUCUUCUGUAUAUCAGGAGUUGCAGUUUGUCUACAAACAAGAUGCACUUUAAACUCUUUCGUGAAGUGUUGCCCAGUAAAGGACGACGAGUGGUGAGGGUCUGAGAAUAAACCACCGUCCAUCCAGAAAACAGUCAGCCAUACUUCCACACUUCUACUGUGCCUGUUGAACAAAGAGCCUUAUGUUUAGGUAAAGAGCUGUGUACACUUGCCAACCUGCUGGUGAGCUUACCUGUGCCUUAAUGAUGCUCUCACACUGUAUGAAACCACUGUGCCUGUAACAUGUAACACUUGUACUCUGCACAGUUCAGUUUGCACUGCUUUAUUUACACGUCAGUUCAUCUGUAUAUAAUAGCAUUCCCUGUAACUGACAGCACAGAUUGCACAUCGAUGUUUAAACUGUUAGAUUGCUUACAGGUUCUUUAAUGCAAUCCAGCUACACGCAAUGAGAUUAAAGAUUUGACAUUGUUCCUA